CUGUUUUCAAGUAAUGCAUUUUGACCAGUAGACAGCGUUUUUCAACACUUUAUAACAUCCCGUUCUAAGGUGACUUAUGUCUUAUGUACUAUUAGAUUUUUUUCGAAUUAGAAAUGAUUAUAAUAGCUACAUUUUCCCUAACAUUCGUAUUUGCAUUCGGACUCGAACGCAUUCAAAUUCGCGAAUGUGAAAAAUGCGACAUUCGUGACAUCCCUGAUUAUAAGUCAUCGACUUAAAGCGUAUCCAACACGCCCAUAAAAUCGAAUCAUUCUAUUACAGUCUUAUCUAUUCGCAAAUAAGCAAUUACCUCAACUAACUCGGUUAUCUCCGGUCCCAGUAUGCCCCAUGUAUUUACUCAAGGCCGCUGUUUUUAUCUUUAUUUUGGGGGAAUGUCAACCGUUCAAGAAUUUUCCUCUAAAUUCGGACUUCGCGAAAAGUGCGCCGUUUGUGGAGCCGCCAGAACAUCCAUAUUUAAAGAGUUGGGUUUCAUGGGUAAAGAGCGAUGAUCACCAAUACGAUGAUUAUUAUAAUAACGGCCACCAUAGACCUCCAAAACUGACUCCACCGGAACCGGAAGGCGAUAAUAUCCGUGAUUUGUAUUCGACAUUAAAUGAACUGGAUAAGUGGGGUGAAUUUCGGAGAGAAAGCACAUUUUUACGGCAAAAAUACGCCGAUAGUCCUAAAGACGAUUACCAUAAGCAACUUCUGAAAAAUGAUUUAAACGAAUGGGUCAGACAAGUGAAGAUACAGCACGCCCGUGACAUGAGGGAACAAGAGGAAAGGUCUCAGCCAAAAAUACCGGAGCAACCUAGUUCUGGGUUUUCACCAUAUUGGAAUCCUGAAGUACUGCGAACUAAUCUUGGGAUACAGGAAAAUAUUAACCAACAAUUUACAACACAAAAACCAAGGUUUGAUUUACAACAACAGCGAAUGAUAUCAGGCACUCAAAUGAUGGAAAUGGCAAUACAAAGAAUGGAGAAUGCAGUAAUGGCCAAGACACUGAGAAAUGAUACAUUUCCAGCAACGGAAACUAAAAACACCCAUAGAAGAUCGCGUUUUAGAAUAAAUGGAAGACGUCGAAGUUUAGAUGUAAGUUUUUAACUAAUAUUUGCUAACAUUCAUAAAGUCACCCUACGCUACCAGAUAAACAAAACUGUGGUUAUUCGGUAUUUAAACGUAAUGGGUAAUAAAUUCUUCUCUUAACCUUAGCAAUUUCUUACAAAUCUUCUUACAAAUUAGUCCCCAUCAAGCUCGGUUCUCCAUACAAACGUAGGUACGCUCUCAUUUUAAAACGACUCGCUAGAUUGCUCUGAAACUUUGUACUUACAAUAAGAUAAGGUAUAUCUAUGCCUGUGACUAGUUUAUGUAGCUUGAGAUACCAUAGUUAAAAAAAUACAGCAAAUUUAAAUUUUUCGCGAUUUUUAAGUAAUUUAAUUAAAUUAAGAAAUUUUAAGCUACUUUCCUGCAGCUUAUGUCACAGAUUCCGAGGCUACCACGUAUGUGUUCAUUACAUAUUUACUGCACGUGUAUAAUAUCAACAAUUAAUGUGUGGGGCAAUGAUUUUCCAUUGUUUAGGGCACUGUUACUUCAAGGCACUGUAUCAUCAAGGUUCUAUAUUUACCGUUUUGUCUCAGAACAGGAGCGAUAUUUCAAUUUUUCAAACUUCUUAUGAAUUUGAUUUUGAUAUGAUACGAUUGCUCGCGCUUAGUGGUAUGCGUGAAAUGCACUGUGAGUGUUAUGUCAAGGGAAAUAACAAAUCAUCUCACGAUUUUGUCUUAGAGUCGGCUACCAGAGUUAGUUCCUUAGUUUAAAUAAAUAUAUAUUAUAGGACAUUAUUACACAAAUUGACUAAGUCCCACAGUAAGCUCAAUAAGGCUUGUAUUGAGGGUACUUAGGCAACAAUAUAUAUAAUAUAUAAAUAUUUAUAAAUACUUAAAUACAUAGAAAACACCCAUGACUCAGGA